UGUUUUUGUUAUGUUGAGAAAAAAUAAGAAAAAAAAUGAAUACAACGCUCAAAUAACCAAGGAAAUAUCUAAAUUAAAGUCCCAGUAUUCACAGAUUACCACUGGAAAUAUACAACAUUUUUCAAACAUUCCUAUAUCUUCUAAAACCCUCAAAGGUCUUGAAUCAGCAGGUUAUACGACAGUGACGGAGAUACAAAGGGAGGCUAUAAUUCCAGCUUUAAGAGGAAAUGACAUUUUGGCUGCUGCUAAAACUGGAUCAGGAAAGACAUUGGCCUUCCUCAUACCUAUUCUUGAGCACUUGUUUGUGAGAAAAGUGAGUCCUUAUGAUGGGACCAUUGCAUUGGUGAUCACUCCUACUCGGGAAUUGGCCCUCCAAAUAUACCGAGUUCUAGAGAAGAUAAAUUCGGAGCAUAUAUUCUCUAUCGGUCUUUUAAUUGGCGGAAAAAUUGUUUUUUGA